AUGGCUCCCAAGGGCAACGUGACCACUCGGCUGAACCCGCUCCGUCUAAACACCAUCAACCACCUCCGUGUCCGACGCCCCAACCAACAUGAACAGAACGCUUGCGUGACUGUCAUGUCUUCAAUGCUGAACUGCUGGGCCUCUCAAGGCUACGGUGUUGAAGCGUGCGCUGGCCUCGAGGCGCAAUUGCGCAAGUGCAUGGAUGAACCCAAAUCACACGAGAAGAAGAAGAACACUGUCAACUACCACUUGAUGAGAAUGUACCCCAAGGUGGUCGGACCCCGCAAGAAGGACGGUGUCCUGGGUUGA